AAAUUAUAUUUGCCGCAACCCCUGCGUGCCUGUGGCUCUACUGUAAGAAGCGCUGGGACUACCUACUAAAUUUGCCGCAAGUGUUGGUCUGGCCUACUACAACAUCGAACUGGCGAGAUCCUCUUAUAUUUUGCUCAUACUUGACUUUGCUCUGGUGCUAACCAUGUCUGUCACUAACCCUGCAUCAUGGAUCCGAAGCUGUUUAUUCCUUUUCGUCUCUAUAUUUGCCCCUUCUAGCAAGCUGAUCCAUGAUGUUCGUUGUAACGCAUAUAUGAUAUGUGGUGGCAGGACUGACCUCAAAAGGGGCGCAGUCUUUGCCCAAUCUUUCUUUGCAAAGGUAGAAUCUCCUCACCAUUUUCUGGCCUCAUCUCACCUACCUAUCGCCAUCAUCCCUCUCCAUGCGAUUCGUGGCCCGACCGCCUCUUUACGUCCAUCGGUUUCCGAUUCUCGAUACAUUUCUACUCUCUCACGGUCGCACGCGCCAACGAGAUCGACGACUCCACUAAGACCUCGAUAACCGUUCACCCCUUUUGCACCUUUCCACCAAAGUUGUCAUAUCCAGCGACGUAUCUUGACGAGUACUGAGCGAUUGUACCAGCCUGGAUUCCCACGAUCUACUUCGACUCGCCUGACUUUUCCUGUGAAACAUUACGAAACUUCCUUGGCCCUGCUCCCCUGGAUUGACGGUUUCAUCAGU